UGGGGCUUGAUUCCUCGUCCACGCGGCUCGCGCGCGCUCGUGCAUGAGACUAGUAUAUCCUCGCUCGCAGAAAUAGCAACUCUUUUGCCAUUCGAUCGAGCUCCUCUUCUGACUUUGCCCUCCCGUCCUCUCCCUUAAGCUCGAGCCAGGAGAAGCUGAAUGCGGCCGGCUCCAUUGAUGGCCCAUGCCGCCGUCGCGGGGCUCGCCUUGCUCUCCCUCCUCUACGCGCACGUCGGCCAUGUCGGCGGCGCGGCGGCAACGCUGUCUCAGGGGCAGUCGCUGGGAGCGAACGACGCGCUGGUGUCGGCCAACGGCGCCUUCACGCUGGCCUUCUUCGCGCCGCGCGGCGGGGACCCGAGCCGGCGGUACCUGGGCGUCAUGUACGCGCAGGCGGCCGAGCAGACCGUGCCGUGGGUAGCCAACCGCGACGCCCCCUUGAGCGCGGCGUCGGGAGACUACUCCGCCGCCGUCACGGCCUCCGGCGAGCUGCAGGUGCUGGAGGGGGAGCGCGUGGUCUGGCGCACCAACACGUCCUCGCUGCUGGGCAACGUCACGCUGACCAUCCUCGACAACGGGAACCUCAUGCUGUCCGCCGGUGGCGCGCAGGAGGUGCUAAUCUGGCAGAGCUUCGACCACCCGGCGGACACGUUCCUCCCCGGGAUGAGCAUUGCGCUGGACAGGCGCAACGGGAUCCCCGUCAACCGGACGCUGUUUACGUCGUGGCGGAGCCCCAUCGACCCGGGGCCGGGCAACUUCACGCUCGGGCUCGACCCGUUCGGCUCGGCGCAGCUCUACAUCUGGCGGAGCCAGGGCGGCGAGAACACCACCUACUGGCGGUCGGGGCAGUGGGCCAACACCAACUUCGUAGGGAUCCCGUGGCGGUCGCUCUACGUGUACGGGUUCAAGCUCAACGGCGACCCGUCGCAGAGCAAUGGGGUCAUGUCCUACACGUUCAACACGUACAACAGCUCGCUGUACCGGUUCAUGCUCCACCCCAACGGCACUGAGACGUGCUACAUGCUCCUCGGCACCGGCGACUGGAAGACCGUCUGGUCACAGCCGACCAUCCCGUGCCAGACCUACAACAUGUGCGGCGCCAACGCCGAGUGCGCCGCCGGCGACAAUGGACAGGCCAUCUGCAGCUGCUUAAAAGGUUUCGAGCCAAGAUCCGCAGCGGAGUACAGCAGCGGGAACUGGACGCAGGGCUGCGUGAGGAGCGCGCCGCUGACCUGCGAGACGAAAGUAAGCGGCGGUGACGGGUUCGCCGACCUCCCGGGCGUGAAGCUGCCGAACUUCGCCACCUGGGAGUCGACGGUGGGCGACGCGGACGCGUGCAAGCAGUCGUGCUUUGCCAACUGCUCGUGCGGCGCGUACAGCUACAGCACCGGCACCGGGUGCCUGACCUGGGGCCAGGAGCUGGUGGACAUCUACCAGUUCCCAAAUGGGGGGGGCUAUGAUCUCCACAUCAAGGUCCCUGCAUCCUUAUUAGGCUCCACAACAAAGCGAUGGACGACAAUUGUCAUUAUUGUAGUAAUCGUCGUGGUGGUUGUAUUUGGGGCAUGUGGACUUCUUCUGUGUAAAUGCAGGAGAAGAAUCAAAGAGAAACUUGGCAUUGUUGGUAGGAAAAAGACAACGCCCCCAUCGCUGCUUCUUGGUAUGGAAGCAUGGCAGGAUUUCUCAGGACCGAAGCAACCUGAUCAAGAGGAAGGAGAGGACGGCAAGAAGUGCGAGCUGCCUCUGUUCGCCUUCGAGAUCUUGGCAGCGGCCACCGGCGACUUCAGCAGCGCCAACAAGCUUGGGGAGGGAGGCUUCGGCCAUGUCUACAAGGGAAGGCUUCCCAGCGGCGAAGAGAUUGCAGUGAAGAGACUGUCCCAGAGCUCCGGCCAGGGCCUGGAGGAGUUCAAGAACGAGGUGAUACUGAUCGCGAAGCUGCAGCACCGCAACCUUGUCAGGCUGCUAGGUUUCUGCAUUCAGGGGGAGGAGAAGAUCUUGGUCUACGAGUACAUGGCAAACACGAGCCUGGACGCCUUCCUCUUCGAUCCGGCUAGGCGUGGACUGUUGGACUGGAAGACGAGGUUCCACAUCAUCGAGGGGAUCGCCCGGGGGCUUCUCUACCUCCACAGGGACUCGAGGCUCAGGGUGGUGCACCGCGACCUCAAGGCUAGCAACAUCCUCCUGGACCGCGACAUGAACCCCAAGAUCUCGGACUUCGGCAUGGCGCGGAUCUUCGGCGGCGACCAGAACCAGGUGAACACGAACCGCGUCGUCGGCACGCUGGGGUACAUGUCGCCGGAGUACGCGAUGGAGGGGCUGUUCUCGGUCAGGUCCGACGUGUACAGCUUCGGGAUCCUGAUACUGGAGAUCAUCUCCGGCCAGAAGAACAGCAGCUUCCACCACAUGGAGGGCUCCCUCAACAUCGUGGGCUACGCGUGGCAGCUGUGGAACGCGGACAAGGGGGAGCAGCUGAUCGACCCGUCGAUCCGAGGGACGUGCUCGGCGCGGGAGGCGCUGCGGUGCGUGCACAUGGCGCUGCUAUGCGUGCAGAACCACGCGUGCGACCGGCCGGACAUCCCCUACGUGGUGCUGGCGCUGGGCAGCGACAGCUCCGUGCUGCCGAUGCCGAGGCCGCCGACGUUCACGCUGCAGUGCACGUCGUCGGACGGGGAAGGGCUUUUCAUCAGGGAGAAGGCCGACGAGUCCUACUCCGCCAGCGACCUCACCGUAACGGUGCUGCAAAGCAGGUAGCACAUAGCACUAGCAGGCUGGCCCGACCAAGUAGUGCUGUACAUAUACACAGGGUCUUCAACCGGAGGUGUUUGGGGUGCUUUAACUACUUACCGAGGUUGUCUUCCUUCGCUCUGCACAUGCCACAAUCUUGUAAUUGCGUGUUCAUCAAUUGGGCAUUUCAUUUC